AUGUCGGGCGGGCCCAGCGCUGGCCCUGGCCUGGGGCGCGCGCCGUGUUCUCUGGCCCCGGGCCCAGCUGGCAGACCCUCGAAAGCACAAACAAAAAAAAAAGAACAGCAGCAGUCGUCGGCACCCACUAUGUUUGCCGGGGACGAUAACGGCAUCUACGGCCCCAGCCAGCUGCGCGUCUUCAAGACCCAGCUCGUGCUUUCGCUUGUGAUCGGGGCAUCCACGUUCCUCCUCUUCUGCUUCCUCCGCAGAAAAUGGCCACACAUGUACGCGGUCCGCACGCUCCGCAAAUCGCUGAUCCAGCGGCGCCAGCUCCCCGACGACCUCUUCAAGUGGGUGGGCGCGGUGUUGGCCAUCUCGGACGACGAGGUCUUGGACUGUUCGGGGCUUGAUGCCUAUGUGGUGUUGAGCUUCUUCAAAAUGGGCAUCACGAUCUUCCUGCUUCUUCUGGUCUUGUGCGCCGGGGUCUUGAGCCCGGUCCGCUAUUAUUUCACGGGCAACUACGACAAGGAUAACAUCGUGUGGCUGGUGCUCUUUGACUUCGGCGCGGCCAAACCACCGCCGUUGGAUGAGCACUUCCCCUCGUUCUUGUGGGUCUACCCCGUAUUCACGUACCUCUUCUCCACCAUCGUCUACGUGAAGUUGUUCCACUACACCAAGGUCAUCAUCCGCACCCGCCAGAAGUACUUGGCCUCGCAGAACUCAAUCACGGACAGAACCAUCCGCAUCGAUGGCAUCCCAAGGAAGAUCAUCACGAAAAACGAUGCUCUCGUGCUAAAACGCUUCGUCGAAGACUUGGGGAUUGGGGGCGUCGAGAACGUCAAGCUUAUCUACAACUGGUCGCCUCUAGAAGCGCUCUUUGACCGCAGGACCGAUCUAAUCUCUCGUUUGGAAAAACUAUACUCGCGCCAUUUCGGUUUGAAGAUAGACUUGUACAACAGUGACCGCCUCCCCAGGGUUCUCCCCGAAAACGCACCCAGCGCACCCACACUUGACUCUUCGGCAAAGCAAAUGACGAAAAAGAAAAUAGAUGCCUAUUCCCAACAAUUGCACGCUCUUGACCGCGAAAUCAGAGAGGCGCAGAGCAAGUACGACGCGACAAUGUCCACCUACCCCAUAGAAGACUCCAGGUACCCUCUUCUACAAUCUGCUUUUGUGACCAUGGACUCGGUCGCUUCCGCUCAAAUGGCGGCGCAGACCAUCCUAGAUCCCCGUGUCUACAAACUCGUGGUCACCUUGGCCCCAGCUGCUAAAGACAUCUACUGGAAGAAUCUCAAGCUAUCCUACUAUGAGAAACUUACAAAAUCAUACAUGAUCACCUUCAUAAUCAUUAUCAGCUAUUUGGUCAUUUUCUUCUUGGUGACAUCGUUAUCCACUUUGCUUGAUGUGAAAACAAUAACGAAGUUCUGGCCUGCCCUCGGUCAAUUGAUCGCUAAGUCAAAGUGGCUUAGCACUUUCGUCACAGGUUUCCUACCUACCCUUUUGUUCUCGUUGAUGAACGUUUCAUUUCCAUACCUAUAUCGGAGUCUCACCCUCAAGCAAGGAUAUUCGCUGUCCAGCGAGGUCGAGUUAUCCACUUUACUGAAAAACUUCUUUUUCAUAUUUUUCAUCUUGUUUCUAGUCUUCACAAUCACGGGCACAUUGUGGGACUAUUUUACUUCCAUCGGAGACACAACCAAAUUUGCAUCACAAUUGGCUAGCUCGUUGAGAAAAUUGUCUCUAUUCUAUGUUGACUUGAUUCUAUUACAGGGAUUGGCCAUGUUCCCUGUCAAACUUCUUCAGGCAGGGGAUUUCGUCAUUUUGAAUGUCAUCGGAAAAUUGUUCUUUUUAAAAAGUUUCUUUUUAAAGACCCCACGUGACUACAGGUUCUUCUAUUACACCCCACCUGUUUUUGAUUUUGGGCUCAAUUUGCCUCAGCAUAUCUUGGUUUUCAUCAUCAUCCUCAUCUAUUCCGUUGUCUCAACAAAGAUAGUUACCAGCGGGCUUGUAUAUUUUGCUUUAGGAUACUUCGUUUACAAGUAUCAAUUGAUAUACAGCUACGUCCAUCCUCCGCACUCGACCGGGAAAGUCUGGCCUAUGAUCUUCCGAAGACUCAUCUUCGGCUUGAUUAUAUUUCAGCUUUUCAUGUGCGGUACACUUGCACUAGAGGGUGCAAUCUUACUUGCUGUUUUGUGUACGCCCUUAUUCCUCGUGACAUUGACUGUAGCUUGGAACUUCGAGCGCUACUAUCUACCCCUUCAUAAUUUUAUUGCAUUAAGAGCCAUUCAAAACCCCAAAAGUUACGAAAAAGAGUUUGACGAUGAUCGACUGCUGCAUGCUUCAACAUACAAUUUAGCUAGAGCCGGUGUGAGCUCCAGCAGCUUGGUGCUGUGUCCCAGACCAAAGACAGGUCUUUUGACAAACGAAAGUACUUCUGGCAAUUGCUUGAUUCCCCAGGAAUCAGAGAACUCAGUACUUCUUGAGGGGGAUUUUUCCGUUUCAUAUAGCUCGGGAGCUAUACAUCAUCGACGCAAAAUCUCGACCGUUGACGAAGAACGUGAGCAAUUUACAGAUUAUACUUACCCUUAUUUGAAGGACCCACUCGAUGGCCCAUGGGUUGGAUUUGAGGGUGACUACAUAUCUAUGAUUGAGUAUCGAAGAGGAGGCAGAAUCUCGCAGUUGGAAUCAGGUGAUGCAGAAAUUUCAGAAAUCUAUGGAGAUGAAGAAGAAUUCAUCCUUCGCAAGCGCAUUCGAGUCUCUGAGUGGGAGUGA